GCAUAUGUUGUGUUUCUAAACCCAGAUAGACCGACUGCCCAUCUUACCCUUGCUCUCUCUUUCCCCGCUCCCUCCCUCCCUUGUCCCUUGGCUUUUCUCCCCUCUCACUUCUUUUUCUGUGUUUGAAUGGAGAAGCUGGGUUCCCUGGAACCUGCACGCCUGUCGCAUGGUGCAGGGCCCGUUGCUGGGGUGUCUGUUGCCAAGAUGGCAGGGGUUGAGGGAGAUGAGGUGGCGGCAGCAGUCAGCUCCAAACUAUUUCGGUGUGCGUGCGUUAGACGUUGGCUACCACUGGCCUAUAGAGAAGAACUUUACCAAGUCUUACGGCUCACAGGCCCACUGCUGCUGUCACGGAUUCUGAACUUCCUCCUGCCAUUUGUUAUCACCAUAUUCUGUGGUCACAUUGGCAAUGCAGAACUGGCUGGAUACGCGCUGGCCUCAGCGACCAUUAAUGUGACCACAACUGCAACAGGCUAUGGUCUUGCUGUGGCUUGUGACACAUUAAUUUCUCAGACAUUCGGCAGUAAGAACAUGAAACGUGUGGGGGUGAUUCUCCAAAGGAGUUCAUUGAUCCUGCUGCUGUUUUGUCUGCCCUGUUGGGGUCUUCUGAUCAACUCUCACAACUUACUGCUCAUCUUGCACCAAGAGGAUGAGGUGGCGAGAAUUGCCCACCUCUACGCGAUGGCAUUUCUGCCAGCUGUUCCAGCCAUGUUCCUGCACCAGCUCCAAGUUGCCUACCUGCAAAACCAAGGGAUCAUUCUACCUCAGUUGUACACAGCAGCAGCAGUGAACAUUUUCAACUUGGGGGCGAACUAUGUCUUAAUCUUCAGCCUCCAGUUGGGUGUCAUUGGAUCAGCAAUUGCUAACAGCCUCUCUCAGAUCGCCAUCUGCCUGCUGUUGUUUGGCUACAUCAGAUGGAAGAAGCUCCAUCUGCAGACAUGGGGAGGCUGGUCAAUUGAAUGUCUGCAGGAGUGGGGCUCCUAUAUGAAGCUGGCUAUUCCCAGUGCUUUGAUGAUCUACUUUGAGUGGUGGAUCUGGGAGGUUGGCGGUUUCCUUGCUGGUGUACUUGGCGAGGUGGAUCUUGCUGCCCAGCAUGUGUUGGUGGAAAUAGGAACCAUAAUAUAUAUGUUCCCUCUGGGUAUCCAUGUAGCUGCCUGUGUGCGUGUUGGGAAUGCUCUGGGGGCCGGGAACACUACCAGGGCCAUAGCCACCUGCAAAGUGGCCCUGGUUCUAUCAGGUGUACUUGCUGUGUUCCAGGGUUUUGUCAUCGCAGGCUGUAAGUCCGUCGUUGGCUACAUAUUUACCUCUGAUGAAAACAUUGUGGCGAUUGUCUCAGAGAACCUCACAAUCUACACAUUUCUACAAUUCUUUGAUGCACUUCUGUGUGUCUGCUCAGGAAUUCUUGUGGGAUCUGGGAUGCAGAAAAUUGCCGCCUUGUCCAACCUGGUGUGUUACUACUGCAUCGGCCUACCAGUGGGAAUAGCUCUGAUGUUUGCUGCCAAGCUCCGAAUAUUAGGCUUGUGGCUGGGUCUCUUCAUAUGUGUGUUCUUAGAGACAGGUUUUUUCCUGGUUCUAAUCUUCAAACUGAACUGGAAAAAAGUCACACACAAGGCUCAGUUGCGAGCUGGAAAGAAAGUGGUGGUGAUAUCGAAGCGUCCUGUUAGUACAGUGCUGAGUGAAACGAUGGUGCCUGACAUCUCUGACUGCCCUAAUACACAGCAUCUUUGCACCCUGAAGGCCCAGUUGGACGGUGAAAAAGCCCCUAAAGCAGAUGGCUAUAGUCUAGUCAACACCCAGGAUCAGGAGCUGAAAGCGGAUCAUGAGGCUGGGGGCAACAACACAAAUGCAGGAGGGACUGAGGGGGAUGCUGAGCAGAGCAAAAGUACUUCAAACACAAAACCUCAAGCGCUGCUUCCUGUCACUCAGCUGAUCUUGCGGCGGGGACUCAUAUUCUUGGGUUCAGUUCUCAUUUUGGCCAUAGGUGUCGCUUUCCACAUUGCUUUCCCUGCACCGGAGCCCUCUGCCCAGAGCAGGGCCAACUUUACCCUGAACUGGGCUAAUGAGUCCACUCCUACAGCACUGGCUACACUAGACCUGACCUCAAACCGCUGAGCUAUCUUUGACCUCUGAAUGUAGACAUCUAGUGGCUGAACACAGUUCUUACAAACAAUCAAUUUAGAUCUCCUCGAGAGAAAAAUGUUGAAUUCCUGUCUUAAGUUUCAUAGUCUACCCAUAGACUUGGGUUGUUAUUCUGUAAAACUACAGCCCGACAUGGGCCACUGGCUCCGUCUUGUGUAUAGAAAAAGUGCUGCACUGCUGAGCAAAUCCACAGAAAGCUGGAAGCAAUAUCAAACGAGACUGGCAGGAUGAACAAAGGUCUUGUUAGCAACAUCAUGUUUUAACCUGCUCAGCCUGAGAUGCUCAACUGGGACUACAAGACACAUUAUAAAUCCCUCACUAAGAGACCACGUGGGCAUCAAGGAACAGAUGUUCUUCCACUGAUAGCUUUUGAUUUUUACACCUAUUCCUGUCUUGAUUUACAUAUUGCACUGUGACAUGUAUUGCUUAAAUCAUUUUCUUGUGUUUUAACUUUAAGUGUAAGAUUGACUGUAAAUAUCGGAUGUAAAAUUUACAUGUAUACAUGUAAAUAUGUAAUACACAGUAUAACUAUAUGAGCAGGCUAUACAUUACUCCAUUGUCUUCCUGUAUCACUGUCACUCUGCCCUGGUAUUCUUAAGGAUAGAGGUGAUUAAUAAAUAAUAAGCUAGUUAUUUUUACUGCAUAUCUAAUGCCAAUAAUAUAAUGUACUGUGAUAGCACCCUAAUCAAUAAAAAAUACCUUUAAAGUGUGUAACAAUGAAA